UUUCCUUUCAACUUUCAAGUUUUAGGAAGGCCCAAAGACUCGACUCUAAUACGGACCGAAACUACUCAGGAAAAAAAGGGAACACCCAAAGAGGAAAAGAGCCGCGCCGGCGACGCCGAGGAGGAGGAAAACAGUGAUCUUUUCACCGCGACCACCGUCCCUUCUCCGUCUCUGUUUCCCCCCCAGCUCCCAACCUCCAGUUUUCUCGUUUCCGGCCACUGUCCACCGACUGUUCAUCUGUCCUGCUCUCCCAUCCGGACUCGCCCGUGGGCUUCGUUUUCCCCUCCCACCAGCGCCGAUUGCCCCGAGAUUGUGGCCGGCGAUGUUAUGGUGCUGAAUGGAGGCAUGGCUGAUUCGAUGUCGUUAGGUGCUGUUAAGGAGAGCAAGCUAUGGAAAGGCGUCUUCGCCGUCGGAGGAAUCAUGAGCACUCUCGUGAUCUACGGUGUUCUUCAGGAAAAGAUCAUGAGAGUGCCAUAUGGGGUUAAUAAAGAGUAUUUUAAGUACUCUCUUUUCCUUGUAUUCUGCAAUCGGGUCACAACAUCUGCUGUAUCUGCUAUUUCUCUUGUGGCAAGUAAGAAGGCGUUGGAUCCCGUUGCUCCAGUUUACAAGUACUGCCUCAUAUCGAUUUCCAACAUAUUGACUACAACAUGUCAGUAUGAGGCCCUCAAGUAUGUUAGUUUUCCCGUCCAGACACUUGCGAAGUGUGCCAAGAUGAUUCCUGUUAUGAUAUGGGGAACUUUCAUCAUGCAAAAGACAUACAAGGGAAAAGAUUACUUGCUGGCUUUUCUAGUGACCAUUGGUUGUUCAGUCUUCAUUUUGUUCCCGGCAGGAACUGAUCUAAGUCCAUACAGCAGAGGAAGGGAAAAUACUGUUUGGGGAGUUUCUUUGAUGCUCGGUUAUCUUGGGUUUGAUGGGUUUACAAGCACGUUCCAGGAUAAGCUAUUCAAAGGUUAUGAAAUGGAAAUACACAACCAAAUCUUCUACACAACACUGUGUUCCUGUUUUCUUAGUUUCACAGGUCUUAUACUACAAGGACAUCUACUGCUAGCAAUAGACUUCAUUCAUCGCCAUCACGAUUGUUUCCUUGAUGUAGCGUUGCUUUCGACAGUAGCGACUGCUAGUCAAUUCUUUAUUUCCUACACAAUACGAACCUUUGGUGCUCUGACAUUUGCUGCCAUAAUGACAACAAGACAGCUGGUGAGCAUCUUGCUCUCAUGUGUGUGGUUCUCUCACCCUCUUAGUUGGGAGCAAGUGAUUGGAUCUGUUAUCGUCUUUGGUUCUUUAUACGCAAAGAACUUGUGGAAAAGUGCACCUCCAAAGCCUCCACCGCAGCAGCUUUCAGGACCUGAACUAGUAGAAGAAGGCGCUUCAAGUACCGUUAAGCAAUAACCCCCUGACAGUUUGAGGCUCGGCUCUUCUCGUACCUCGUACGAACUAAACUUAGUGUCAGAACUCAGAAUGAUGAUUUACAGUAGGACAGUAGGGAGCGGUAUGAGAUCCCCCAAUUUUCGGCUGGAAAAAAUAACUGAUGAGAUCGAACAGAGAGGUUCGGAGUACACCCCGUGGAUGUAUAAUCCGGUUAGGUUAUACCUGCUUUAUUUUUCUUCUGUUUCAACAUGUCUUCUAUUCAUUUCCUUGAUCUUGUUAAGUGCUAGAUUGGAAUAGAGGAUGUGAUUUUGGUAAAUUAAAUUCAUGAGGAUUCUUUGAGGAGACGAGUCAUUGUGGUAAAUUAAAUUCCGG